AUGCUCUUACGUGUUGCCGCAGUCAUGGCACCCCGCACACACAACCGUCGCUGCGUGACCGGAUCCAGCGGAAGGAGGAGGGAAGGAAGAGAGAGUGAGCCGCAGAGGCCCAACAUGUCCCUGCAUUUGUUUACUUCCGCGGUGCUGUUCCUCCUUCUAAUGUUCUGCGGCAGUGGUGAAGCUGCUGCCGCCGGGGGCAGUAAAUCAAGUCAGGGAGGUUCGUCGGGAAAAUAUUAUGUUUGGAGAGACGUGAAAGAUGAAGAAGAAACAGUGAGCUCGCUCUGUGUUCCCAGUCUUUUGAAAGUGGGGAGUGAUGUAUUUGCCGUUGCCGAGGCGCAGGACACGAAAAAGGGUGAAGGCGGUUUUACUGGGAUUGCAUCGAAGCUCCUGGCGUGGACUGGUGAACAAACAAAAGAGGAGUUGGAUAAAACAAAAUUGAAGACACAAGUACUGGAGGAAUGUUCUUCCGACGAUAAGAAAGGCGUCUGCAGCAUAGCGAAUCAGGCUGUUUCCCAAAAAGUGAAGAAUGUACAUGUGAGCCGACCAACAACAGUUGUGAAGGGAAAUGAUAUUUACAUGCUUGCUGGAAAUUACAGCUGGACACUUACCGCUGUUGGUCAGGCAGUUGACUGGGGACUCAUGCUGGUGAAAGGGAAUGUCAGUAAAAAGGAAGACGAAAAGAACGAAAGAAUUUAUUGGAAUGAUACUUACAUUAUCCCGUGGAAUUAUAAUGGCAAUCAAGGAUCACUGAAGCGACUGGUUGGCAGCGGUGGAUCGGGUGUUAAGAUGGAGGACGGUACGCUUGUGUUUCCGCUGGAAGGGACGAAGAAGGAGGAUGGCACUGAAGAGGAUGGAAAGACUGUUUCGCUGAUCAUAUACUCGAAGGAUACCAAGAGUUGGAAGCUGUCGAAGGGGAUGUCUGCCGGUGGCUGCGGUGUUCCCUCCGUCGUGGAGUGGGAGAAGGACAGAAAACUCAUGAUGAUGACUGCGUGUGAUGAUGGCCGCCGCAGAGUGUACGAGUCCGGUGACAAGGGGGAUUCGUGGACGGAGGCACUCGGAACACUCUCGCGUGUGUGGGGCAACAAAAAGGGUGAAAAGGUUGAAAUCGUUGGGAGCGGGUUCAUCACAACGAAGAUUGAGGAGAGAGACGUGAUGCUCGUAACUCUGCCGGUGUAUGCCAAGAAAGCUGAGAAAGAGGAAAAAGAAAAGGGCGUACUCCAUCUUUGGCUGACGGACAAUACGCACAUUGCUGAUAUUGGGCCGGUAUCCGGGAAGGAAGAGGAGGAUGUCACCGCCAGCUCCCUGUUGUACAAAAGUGCUGAAAGUAAAGAUAAGAAGGAUGAGUUGAUUGCACUGUAUGAGAAGAAGGGCGGUGACGAUGCAUCACACAGUCUUUUGUCUGUGCGUCUGACUGCGCAGCUGGAGCGGGUGAAGGAGGUGCUGAAGACGUGGAAGAAAGUGGACGAACGUGUCUCUCAGCUGUGCCCCACUUUACUUGCUCAGGAGGUUACCUCAAGUGAAACUGCCUGCAGUGCUGAUGUUAAGAUCACGGAUGGGCUGGUUGGCUUUUUGUCCGGCAACUUCUCUGAGAACAAAUGGAGGGACGAGUACCUCGGGGUGAACGCCACAGUAAAUAAGAAUGAUGGGGCAACAAAGGCUUCCGAUGGCGUGACGUUCCAGGGAGCGUGGGCGGAGUGGCCCGUUGGCAGUCAGGGGGAGAAUCAGCUGUACCACUUUGCGAACCACAACUUCACUCUUGUGGCGACGGUGUCAAUUCACGAGGUGCCGACAAAGGAGGGUAAUAUUCCUUUGUUGGGUGUGAAGAUGGCUGGUGCAGGGACUUCUUUAUUUUUGGGACUGUCGUACAACAAGGAAAAGAAGUGGUGGUUUCUGUGCGGUGGCGGACAGAACAAGGAGCACAGCCGCGAUUGGGAUCCGGAGACAAAGAAGAAAGACCACGUGGUAAUUUUGCUACGGAACGGCAGCCAUUUCUCCGCGUACGUCGAUGGUGAGCGUGUGGGUGAUGUGCCGUGUGCAUUGGAAACUACGGAUUCUAAAGUAAUCUCCCACUUCUACAUUGGAGGCAGCACAGACGGCGCAGGAGGCCAAGAAGACGUGUCUGUGACGGUGACGAACGUCCUGCUGUACAACCGCCCGUUGGAUGAAGCAGAGAUUGGCGCCCUCAACCCGAAUAAAGCCCCCACUCUACCUCAGGAAGAGAAGCCGUCGGAGCAUUCAACAGUUUCUUCUGAUUCCGUUGUACCUCCCAGUCCUCCGGUGACCCCGAAUGAUCAGCAAACCGAAACUCCGUCUACUGCCGGAACACAUCCGACGGAACAGGAACAGUCGAUGGGGAGCAGUAAAGGUGCGGGCAGUGGCGGUGCAUCCAAAUCAGCGAUGUCCACUGUCAGUACUUCCUCAGCAGAAGAGGACUCCGUAGUGCAGGUGACGUCAGGAACAUCUCCCGAUGGAACUCAAACGAUGGAUGCUGCUUCCUCGCAUGAUGGUAACACAGCGGUGGAGACAGAAGCUCGAAAUACGGUGCAAGGGGAUGGAUCACCGCAAAUUCCUGUGGGUAUCUCUGACACAGCAGAUGCAAAUACUCCCACCACUGAGGGCGAGGGGCAAGAUGGACCCACAGUGAAUCCUGAGGCGGGCGCGAGCUCUGGUGAGAAUGGGGAGCCAACGGAAGAAGCAAAUGGGCAGGAGGAAGAGGUCCAGCCACACGACGGGGAAGUAAAUACUACGGCACUCAGCAGCAGCCUCGGAAAUGUGUCGCAGGGGCAUAACAGCGACGCUGGCAGUAUGCGUGAGAGCGGACUGCUGCCAUCGCUGUUCGUUCUGUUGGGCCUGUGGGGGUUUGCGGCUCUGUGA